AUGUCUUCCGCAAACCCAACACCAGCCCAAGAGGAGUUUCAAGAGCUCUUGAACAAGAACGCAGGAAGCGACAGCCCCCGAGUACACCCUGAGGACAAAGACGACUACCGUCGAGACAACGACAGCGAAGAAGACGAAGAGGAUCGCUACCUCAACGAACAGAUAGACGCCGCCAUGCGUAUGCCCAGUCUCAAGGGCCCUUCGGAGGGUGGCAACUUCAAACUGCCUCCGGCUGCCUUCGACUCUGGACGCGCCACCGGUGUCAAGGGUGUCAUUGCAGAUGCCAGAGCCUACGAGGAGGCACGCCAGACCAGGUGGAGGGAUAAGAUCCGGGCCGCCAGGCGAUCAGUAUUCGGCGUGAACAACGUCAAGUCCGGCUCCAAUAGCCAAAGCGAGGACAGUGAGGGCGAGUUUGAUGCGGACGAGGAGUCCUUUCUCCAGCAAUGGCGGGAUGCCAGGCGGCAAGAGCUUGAGCAAGAGGCAAAGAGUGGUGUCCGCAAUCGCAGAACCAGCCCGAGUCUGCGCAUGUUUGGCCGCAUGGACACGGUCGACGCUCUCGGCUAUCUUGACGCGAUUGAGAAGGUUGGCAGAGAGACGGUCGUUGUGGUAUUUGUUUACGACCAUGAGUGUCAAGUGUCAAGUCUCAUCCACGAGGCAUUGCGGCCACUGGUCACCGAGCAUCCAUACAUUCACUUUGUCAAGAUUCACUACGAGGACAUUGAGUUUGACAAUGCUGCCGUGCCUACUAUUCUCGCCUACAGGAACCAAGGAGAUCUCUUUGCCAACAUGACCGGUAUCAUUGACAUGAUUCCAGAGGAUGAGGAUUUCGAUACGGACUCGCUCAAGAAGGUCUUUCAGAAGAACGGCGUUCUAUGA